AUGCCCUUGCCGUACCAGCCUGCGAGCAGCAGCCGGUUCAUGCCUCAACACCCAGGGACGCAGAACGAUCACUACAUGGGUGCGCAUGCGACGCAAACACCUCAUGUUGCGACUCAGGGCGAGCUGGUUUGGAUGAUGCAGCCGGAAAACGGCAUGAAUCAAAGCGAACAGCAGCUUCCCCACUCCCAUCAUCAUCACAAUCACCAGCACAUGUAUGCUGCAAUGAGUACCGUUACUGACCAAUCUCAAUAUGUGUAUGGACCCACAAUGGCGCCAAAACCACCAAAUGAAGGCAGAGAAGCCAGAGACUUUGUGGUAUUGGAGAUUGAACGGCGCUUGUGGCUGGCGAGAGAGGACGAUCUCAACCGAUGUACUGUAGAGGGCGAUGAAUCGAGCGUAUGUCCCGUUUGCCUGGAAGAGAUGUUUCUUGGUCAAAGUGUAGUCACCGCGUGCAAUCAUUGCUUUCACAUCGACUGUUGCCGUACCAGUGAGAGUGUGGGUAUCCGUGAUCGGGGUUACUGGUGUUGUCCCUCGUGUCGAGAAGUGAUCACGCUCAUCAAAUCAACAACCGUGCAGAACUCUGCUAUAACCUUGCAGCUUGACACAGAUCCUGCCAAUGGAGGAUCACUCCUCGCAAUGUUGCAGCACAACUUGGGUAUGGCAAGUGUUGUGAAGAGCAUGCUGUCGCUAGAAGACUACUUGGUUGGCAACUAUCUGGGAAGUGAGCAAACUGAACUGAACGCGGCAAAUGUCUGCAUGAGAUUGUUCCUCAAGGUGCCGUCUGAAACGCAGGCAUACGUGCCUGACGGAAGAAGAGAUACCAUGACGCACUUGAAAACGGAGGAGAAUGGAUGGGUGCCUGCGCUUUUGUCUGGGGUGGUGGACUUGAAAACCCUGAUUGAGUUCGGAGCGGCACAGCCUCAGCUUGGAGCAGAUGCCGCAGGCGGACAGCAAGUCGAUGAAAGGGUGCGAGACAUCGAACGAAGGAAGAAAAGGAUGUAUCUUCUGGGAUUUCUCCUGUUUAUCACAGCCAAGAUUGUUUUUGUCGUGGUGUUGUGGAUGACUGCUGGAUGA